AUGUAUUUAGCUUCAUUUUUCAUUCUCGUCGUUGUCUCAUUAACAGUAGACAACACCAAAUCUUUAUAUUCAAGAGCUGAAUAUACUGAUUGUGGAUCACAGGAUGUCACCAUUCAUUCAAUUGACAUUCAUCCAAUGCCAAUUCGUUAUCCUGGUAGUAUCAAUUUAACUUUAGCACAUACAAUAAAACGACCUAUAAAAGCGUUUCAGUUAUCUGUGCGCAUCAUUCGCACAAUCGGUGGUAUUUCUCUUCCCUUUAGCUGCUAUAUAGUUAAGGGCUUUCAUGUUGGCUCAUGUGAUUAUACUAGUGAUCAAAUAUGUCACUUAAUCAACAAUUGGUGGCCAAAAACAUUCGGAUUAUAUUUAACUUCACUCGUUUCAACUAUUCUUGGAAACAAUUGCAAUGGUUCUGUAGAUGAAGUACCAAUGAAUCAAAUUAUUGUCUAUAACGAAAUGCUCGAACUUUCGGCCUUUCCUGAAUAUAUGUCAUGGCUUACCGUUGGCGAUUUUAAGCUUAAAAUAAUGGCUAUGGAACAAGACAGAACGGUUUUCUGUGGAACAUUCAAAUACACAACAUUACCUAGAAGAAUAAAAUAA